GCCCCCUUUUGGUGAGGAUCCGCACACGUCGCCCCACUUGCCUCCAUCUCAGCAGCAGAAGAGACAGGAGAGCUGGCGAGCUGCAGCCUGGAGCUUAUUCUCGACGAUGGACAGCUGCUAGACGGGCAACAGCGUGAGCGGCUCACUUCCCUCUUCACUCCAGUGAAUCUCGGCUGGACCAUGAAGUGUUGUCGGCUGUGGGUGGCCAUAUGCCUCCUCCUCAACGCCUCCUGUCGCUUCAGUUUGGCUGCCCGACACGGUUGCUUAUUUGAGAAGAAGCUUUGUCCCAGAGAUGAGCUGUGCAGUGAUGAUGGUUUGUUUGGACAGUGCUGGGCUCCUCACCACGAUCCGGUCCAGUAUUUGGUUUCUGUUCCUGCUCUGCAUAAGCUGCAGGAGGUUCUUAAAGACCUGAUGGCUCAAGGCAUGACCUGGAGGGAUGAGAUCACCCAGGCGACAAUCGGACGAGAGUUGAGUCACAUUCCGUCAAUUAGGUCCUCACAGCUUCACCAGCGCAAUCAGCUGCUCACUCAGCGAAGGUUUCCGAGACCGGAGGAGGCAGGCGACCCGCAAAAAAUACAACAGCGCAGAAACUACCUGGCACUCGACCCCUCUUCGUCCUCGAUUCAUGGGCUGAUGCCCCUGCUGGAGCCGUACAUUUACCAACAGGAUGAGGCAGAACGAUCCCUCAACUCCCUGGAAGAAAAUCCAACCUUUCCAUUCGUCCGCUACUCGUCUCCUCGCACCAGAUCCAGAGGAAAGGCUCUGGAGAGAGACAAGCAACUUCUCCAGAACUUGGUGUCCUAUUACCUCACCUUUCCAUCCUCCUCCUCCUCCUCCUCCACUGUCCAGCCUGCUUCCCGUUACAGGGGGGCACCUGCGGAAUCUUUUGCAUUAGCCUCCGCCUUUCCAGAACUUGACUUCCCGCGAGACUAUGACCAAGACUACAUUUCCCAAAUCGAAGGUCUUAGCAAGCAGCCGCUGAGCAAUGUAGUGCCGAAGUAUGACGCUCUGGCAGGAUUAGAUGCGCGCUCGGUGCAGCGUCUGACUCAGUUGCUGGGUCACUACGGCCUGGAUGUCCAAGAUUUGUCCCCUGAGCAGAGAGACAAACUGCCGGCUUUGCUCAAGCAGCUUCAGCUGGAAAGCUCCUUUAGCCAGAAAACAACCAAAGAAAACUCUGGGAAAAAUGUCAGCACCGGAAAGAAGAUGACAGAGGGUGUUAUGGAGCACAAAAUGGCUGCCCCAGACGGUCUGCCAAUCAUCAAGUCCUCCAAACCAGUGGAGGUCCAAAAGGAUACUCGCUUUGCAAUGGUGGGCAAACUGGAAAAGAACAAACCCGAAAAAGUGUUCGGUCCAGUGAGAACCUACGAGACCAACCCAAACUUAAUGAACCUGUCGGAGAAAGAAGUUCCAGAUAAGAGCAUCCCGGAGCCUGAGACAAGCACGAAGAUUCUGCAGAACAGCGACGGCCAGCAAAUGAAGAAUGAUGGCAAAGUGUUGCCCCUGGCUACCCGACUGCAGCCUGACUCUCGCUGGCUUUCCUCUACUCUGGUGGCUUUGGCUUGCAUCGGUGGCAUCCUGGUGGCGGGCCUAAGCGUCACCUGCUUGCGUCGCCACGCCCAGCGACUGGCGGCCAAGAAGCUGGGCCUCGGGGCUGAGGGUGGAAGCUUCAGCCACCAGGAGUACCAGGACCUGUGUCGCCAGCAUAUGACCUCCAAAGGUGCCUUCGGACGCCUGGAAGCCGCCGCCCUGGGCGCCGUCGGGGGGCCGAGCGGAGGAGGAGCAGCGGCAGGUGCCGGGAGAGGGCCCGGAGCAGUUGGGGGCGCCGACUCAAGAGUGAGCAGCAUGUCGUCCCAGUUCAGCGACGGAGCCCAGCCCAGUCCCAGCUCCCACAGCAGCACGCCGUCAUGGUGCGAGGAGCCUGCGCAGGCCAACCUGGACAUUUCCACUGGCCACAUGAUUCUGGCAUACAUGGAGGACCACCUGAGCAACAAAGACCGUCUGUUGAAGGAGUGGGAGCUUUUGUGUUCCUACCAGGCAGAGCCCAGCAGCGUGACUGUGGCUCAGAGCGAGCUGAACAUCAAAAAGAACCGCUUUCACCACUCGCUGCCCUAUGAUCAUACCAGGGUGAAGCUUAAACCAGAGAUCAACCCUUCUCGGUCCGACUACAUCAACGCCAGCACCAUCAUUGAACAUGACCCUCGGAUGCCGGCCUAUAUCGCCACCCAGGGACCCCUGUCCCACACCAUCUCUGACUUCUGGCAGAUGGUGUGGGAGACGGGCUGCACGGUGAUCGUCAUGAUGACAGCUCUGGUGGAGGAGGGAGAGAAACAAUGUGACCGCUACUGGCCAGAUGAAGGAUCCUCGCUCUACCAUAUUUAUGAGGUGAACCUGGUGUCUGAGCACAUCUGGUGCAACGACUUCCUGGUGCGGAGCUUCUACCUGAAAAAUGUUCAGACGCAAGAGACCCGAACCCUGACUCAGUUCCACUUCCUCAGCUGGCCUGCUCAUGGGAUCCCCGCCUCCACACGCCCUCUACUGGACUUCCGCAGGAAGGUGAAUAAAUGCUACCGAGGACGCGCAUGCCCUAUCAUCAUCCACUGCAGUAACGGAACAGGUCGGACUGGUACUUACAUCCUGAUCGACAUGGUUCUAAAUCGUAUGGCUAAAGGUGUGAAGGAAAUAGACAUCGCUGCGACGCUGGAGCACAUUCGUGACCAGAGGCCUGGAAUGGUUCGCACGAAGGACCAGUUUGAAUUUGCCCUGACUGCUGUGGCUGAGGAGGUGAAUGCCGUCCUGAAAGCGCAGCCUCAGUAAAGCGGUACCAAAUGUCUGUCUGACGACCUCUAACCUCCUUUUCUCUCUUGAUUGCCUUUUGCCUUGAAAGUUAACAGUGAUGUCUCACCAUGAAAAAUAAAGCAGUCUGUAAAUGUAUCCUUUGGAAAGGAUUUGUACAGGCUUACAGCCAUAACUCACGUUUAAUUAUGUGGGGUGUAUUUGCCACAUAUAAUAAAAACAUAUCUGCAUGAGUAAACUCGGAACAACGACACAACAUGUACACUUUGAGAUGCCAUGUCCCUACCUGUACUUACUCAUGUAACCACCCCCCCAAUCCUUUUGGAAGUAUGUAAUUACACCAUAAGUUAAAAUUGAGGUAUCCGCUGUACCUGCACAAAUCCAACCUGAAGAUGCUGUGAUGGUCUUCUUGUGGGAGCCUCAUGUAUUGGUCUGUUGUAAAUUGUGCUGUUUCAUACAUCAUGUUUUUGUCUCAGGAAGUGUAUGUUGGAAACAGAGAAGCUUGGUAAAAUGCAUAAUGUCAUAUGAUUUACUCCUAAAGUACAAGAUAAGAGGGUUGAUACUGGUCUGUGAUCAUUGAUAUCCAUCUGAAAGUAAACUUCCCACCCAUGACACCUGCAGAAACCUUUUCUGUAUGCCAUUGAAAUGGUUGUAUUGUCGUAUACCUCACGCAAUUUUGAAAAUGAAAAAAAAA